AUGGCCUCUGUGGAAGCUGGUCUCCAGGAGCCUGUUCAGAGGAGGAUCGUGCUGUUUGGUCGACCUGGAGUCGGGAAGAGUGAAUCAGGAAACACCAUCCUGGGAUCCAGGAAGUUUAAAUCAGCCUCUGGCUUUGACUCAGUCAGUACAGAGUGUGUCUCUGAAUCAGCCUUAGUGGACGAUCGGCAGGUCCACGUGGUCGACACUCCAGGAUUCACUGAUGAAGUUCUGACUCCUGAGCAGCUCUACCUGGAGAUCAUGAAGACGUUGGUGAGGGCCAGUCCAGGACCUCAUGCCUUUGUUAUUGUGGUCAGAAUAGGUAGAGUCUCUGAAGCAGACAAGAAACUGUUUGAGCUGCUGCCCAAACUGUUUGGAGAAGAAGCCUCUAAGUACCUCAUGGUGCUCUUCACUCAUGGAGAUGAACUGAGAGGUAGCUCCAUGGAUCAGCUGAUCCAGUCCAACUGCUGGGUGUCUGAUCUGGUGUCCAUGUGUGGGGGGAGGUAUUCUGUGUUCAACAACGCUCAGAGAGAACAGAGGCUGCAGGUCAGAGAGCUGCUGAAUAAGAUAGAUGAUAUGGUUGAAGCUAAUGGAGGAGAACACUACACCUCUGAUAUGUUCAGGAUGGCUGAGACCUUCAUCAGAGAGGAACAGAACCGGGCAGCCAAGAGUGCAGCAGGUAAAAACCCAAGAGGAGGUUCACUACUCUACAGAUUCCCAAAGAUAAAGGAGGACUAG